AAAAACAGCCGCAGUUGUGCGAAGGCAGCGAAGUGAGAAAAUGCUGUCGCGGUGGCAGAACAUUGUCUGCGUGUGCGCUUUGCUUCUAGCAGGUGGCGUCAGCACCUACGAUGACGUCCAACUUGCUUCAGAUACCGUCAAUGGUAAUGAUGACAGUGUUAUAGACAUAACAGUGAAAGUUGGAGAAGACCUUCCAGUAUCGAUAUUUACAAAUUUUGUAACAGUAACCCGCUGUUAUGUCACACGAGAUGGAGAUACUAUAGAGCUUUCACCCAAUGAUCAAUCAAACGGUAAAGUUGAGAGAAGAGAUCCAAACCCGUUGGUCGGUUGCCAGGCAACCAUCAGAGACAUACAGGAAGAGGAUGCUGGUAUCUGGGAACUGGCAUAUGAAACCGCAGACAAUAAGAACUCAAGUCGUAUUAAUGUCAUUGUUGAUGCUCAAGAAACCAACAGUGGUACCGACGAUAAUGGUAACGGCAACGAUAGCAAUAACAACAGUGUCGAAGAAGCAUUUGUGGAAACAGAAGUUAUAACUACCACGUUAACCCAAAUCAGCUACAGUGCUCGUCUAGGCGUUGAAAGGACUAUAACUUUGAGCAGGAAAGACUAUGAUGAAGUAUGUUACGUGCGUACCCCGCAAGGAGUUAAUAUUAGCCUCAAUGAUGAGACCCCGGCAGGCAUUCAGGCAUUCCCCUCUAGCACCCACUUCGUGUCAUGCAGAGUUGUCAUUGGGCCACUGGAAGACGCUCAUCAAGGCAACUGGUUGCUAUGUGGCAGACAUACAGUUGGACAAAUAACUCAAGAAAGGUGUCAACCCGUAGUUAUCAGUUGGAUUAACAACAACCCAAGUGCGACUUGGGAUGUUACUACUAAUGCCGUUUCCAAUCAGCCCAUACACUUUGGCAUGACUUUGUUGCCUACGGUCAGGAGUAGAGUAGCUGCCCAAACUUGCCACCUCAUCACGCCAGCCGGCGAAGAUCUGGCAGUCAUCACCAACUCCGACUACCCUGGACUCCAGCGCGUCAUUCUCCGAGAUACCAGCGUCUGCCGCAUAGAUAUAGGCCCUGUAAAUGGAGACUUUGUUGGCAACUGGACUCUAUACGGAACAUUCGCCUCCAAUUUCGGAUUCACUUUAUUAGAGCAACCCUUGAAUGUUUUUAUUUACGAUGAAGAGAACCCGUUCAAUCAAGCUUACAACGUGACAAAUUUGGCCGCGGUAGACGUGCUAGUCAACAUGGGCAAUAUAAUGACGGUGAACAUAACAGGAACGGGAACUCGUGACUUGUGUGAAGUUGUGACAAACACCGGAGAAAGGUACAACGAGGCUACGUCUGCUGUGCUGCCGCACAUUAACAUAACCAGCACCACCAGCAGCAGCCGCUCCCUCUGCAUCAUCCACGUCGGGCCCAUCACCGAACACUUGCUCGGAGACUGGCUGCUCAUCGGAAAAUUCAGACGCAAUAACUUAUUCAAUGAAUCGCGACUUCCUUUCAACAUCAUCUUUGAUGACCCAAGGAAUCCCACCCCAGACAACUCAAGAAUCGUCGAAAAUUUGUCUCCCCUAAACUUCUUUACGGUGUUUGGGGCACAGCAUACGGCUUCUAUAACAUUGAACAGAAAUGCAUUCACCCAGAGUUGCCACUUGAGAACUCCGGAUAACCUACAGUACAUCCUUAUGGCUGGAUUUAACCUGCCUGGAGUAGAAAUGAUUACAGGAUCGGGCAUGUCGUGCGGAGUGCGUGUGCGCGUCGAGGCCGCAGCGAUCAUUGGAGAAUGGAUGCUCAUUUCAAGACAAAACGAACGAGGCAGCCUUAUCGAAAGGAGAUUAAGCUUUACUAUCAAUGUUGAAGAGACUGUGCAAGCGGUGCCACAAACGGCUGUCGUUGCUGAGGGUAACGACUUGUAUGUGCGAUUGGCAAACCCCACAGACCUGUUCACAACGUGUUCUCUGCACGGACCCUUCAGGAAUAACGCAGAAGUAGACGAGAAUUUCGUGAGGUCGUGUGGCUACAUCGUCAGAGGGCUCACGGUUGCCGACAGCGGUAACUGGCAGAUAAUCUAUGGCAAUGCUGUCACCUACAGAGCUGCCAUUCGCGUCACUGUUACUCCGAGAUCAGCAUUGCAAGACCAAGAUCUGCUGUUGACUCGAGAUGCUCCGCUGAACAAGACAAUUGGACCUGAAGAUGCUAUUUACUGUAGGAUUGAGAACCCUAGUGGAAAUACAGUGUUCGAGGGCUUCGGUCGUUGCAAUCUGGUUCUAGACCGCGUUACAAAGCACCACGUUGGAGUAUGGCGGAUGACAGUCGCGACCGAAGGGCGAAUCUUGACCGAAACUCAUGAAUUUGUCCUCAAUGUGACUGAUGCAGUACCGAAGGCGGAGGUGACAACAUCGGUGGAAACGAACAAGCCAGUUGUGGCUCUGACCUGCUCGGUGGCCAGCGCCGUUGAUGUCACGGCCUGCAAAUUCCGGGACCCCUCCGGCAAAAUAAUAGUAGUCACUCAGGGGGUCGGAGAAGACAGAUACAGCUACCACAGCGUUGCAGCCAGCCUGGAAUCCAGCGAGCAUCAUUGCGGCCUCCGGAUCACCAACCCUCAGGUGGAAGAUCUGGGCUUGUGGCGUUGUGCCAUUGAAACCGAGGAGGACAUCUACUACGGCUUCCUGACCGUGCUCUGCCCAUGGGCCAUGAUGGACCCUGAGGUUGCUGCUGCUGUUGUAUCAGAACCGACCCUGACUGCGGAGACCAGUAAUGUGACCGCUAUAGAAAUAGAUGUGGUGACCAUGCAUUGCUCCGUACAGACUGCCAUCCGAUACUGUUACUUCAGAGCGCAAAAUGGAACCGUCUUCAACGUUAGUCCUGGGACUACAGGAGCGUUCGAGUACGCAGGCGCGGGGCUGGACGCGGGCGAGUGCAGCAUCAGGUUCCCUUCAGGGCUGGUAGAGACUGACUCCGGUACAUGGAGCUGCCACGUCGGGUUCAACGACCACCACGAGCCCGAACAGCGAGCCAGCAUCAAUGUCAUUAUUAACGCUGUGAUGGUAGCGCAACAGUACCACUUGGAUGACUCCACAAAUACUCUGGUGGUGAUGGCUUCAGUCCACAGUCAGCGGUCUCUCGACUACUGUCGCUUCGUUCGCAUUGAUGGCUUGGGCUUCACAUCAGAAGACAUGCCAACUGGCUACGAAGACCACAGCGUGGUUGCAGGAGGUCAUUGCGAGAUCAGGAUUCCCAACCCCACCAUACUGGAGCAGCACCCGUGGACCGUCGUCGUGAGGAUCCCCGGCCAGGAUGUCGAGAUAGCCAGGAGCACUGAUCACACGCUCUCAUUGCCUGGACCUGGUCAUACUGAUAGCCCUGGCAAUACUGAUGCUCCAGGGCACACUGAUGCUCCCGGCCAUACUGAUACUCCUGAUCACACUGAGCGACCUGACCAUCCCGACGGCCCACCAAACAGAUCAAAUGCGGGUAUGUACGUCGCUUGGAGUCUGGUGCUGAUAUUGGCUGUGGCUCUGUUCUUCGCGGGAUGGAUGCUGGGAUCCAGAAGGAGGCGCGAGUGGACCUACAAGAAGGGUUCUGCCAUCCGCGACAGCUUCCGAAGAACCUUUACUUCUUCCAAAGAAGGAUUACCAGAGAAUCAACACAAUCGACAGUACAACAACACCAACACCGCCGUGGCAGCCUAAAAAUUUCCACGUCAUAUCCUCACA